AUGCACAUCCAGCGCGUCUGUCGGUCUCAGUGGCAGGCGCGGCUGCGGAAGUUCUCUGUCUCUGUCUCUGAGGAAGCUGACCUCGACACUGAUUCUGAUGAUCCCCAAGACCAUCCUGAGCUACCUGAAGCUGUCAACAUCCUCGAUCCUGGACAGACCAACUUACCUGCCUCAUCCCCCGCUCCGGGUGUUGCACCGUCACCUGUUCCCGCCGCAUCGCACUCGCCUGCAUCAACAGAUCGAUCAUAUCUAAUCGAUGACGAUCCUGUAUCGAAGACUUUCGAGCGCUUUGUCGAGGAUUACCCCCGCGCUGCUGGGUCUCCGAUAUGUCCCGGCAAGACACAGUUUGAGCGAGUCCGUGACGAGCAGGAGGCCGCUGGGGUGAGUCCGUGGGCGCCAUUUGAUGAUGAAGAUGAUUGGCGCCUCAGCGAGUGGCUCAUCCGCAAUGUUGGGAAGAACCAGACCGAGGAGUUUCUGAAACUACGUAUGAUUUCGGAACGUGCUUGUCCCUCUUAUAAGAAUACACGUUCGUUCCUCCAGAAGAUUGAUGGUAUUCCUACACGGGGUGCCAAGUGGCACCGAGAUAUCAUCACAGUUGGGGGUGACCGUCUCAAUGAUGACGGUAAGAUCAUGGAGGAGGAACUGGAACUGUGGCGCCGGGACCCUGUGGAUUGUAUUCAGGAGCUGAUUGGAAAUCCUGCCUUCCGUGAUAACCUUGCGUAUGUGCCCGAGCGUGUCUACCGUGACGAUGCCUCUCGUGUCCGCGUGUAUGAUGAGAUGUGGACAGCUGAUUGGUGGUGGGAUAUCCAGGACCGCCUACCGAAGGGGGCUACUGUUGCACCUGUCAUCAUCUCAUCUGAUAAGACAAAGCUAUCUAAUUUCCGUGGUGACAAGUCUGCCUGGCCUGUCUACCUUACUAUUGGCAACCUACAGAAGGAAACCCGGCGUCAACCAUCCUCAAAGGCUAUGGUACUCAUUGGCUACCUUCCUGUGAGCAAGCUUGACUGCUUCACUGAGCGUGCUCGAUCAGUAGCAGGUUAUCGCCUCUUCCAUUACUGCAUGUCGAUAUUACUCUCUCCACUCAUUGCUGCAGGUCGAGAAGGUGUUGACAUGACCUGUGCUGAUGGAUUUAUCCGUCAUGUCUUCCCCAUCUUAGCUGCCUAUGUGGCAGACCAUCCAGAACGUUGCUUAGUUGCCUGUUGCAAGGAGAACCGCUGUCCCCAGUGCCGAGUUGCAUGGGAAGACUCUGGAAGCCUUCUAGAGACCAUAUACCGGGAUCCUGAGCGUACAAAAGUCAUCUUGGAGCAGCAUUCAACUGGGCAACGAGUUCAAGCUUUCAAGACUGAGGGUCUGCGUUCAGUGGCCAAGCCAUUCUGGAUGGAAUUACCUCAUACCGACAUCUUCACUGCUCUCACUCCUGAUAUUCUGCACCAAUUGCACAAAGGGGUCUUCAAGGACCAUCUGGUAGACUGGUGCUUCAAUAUCUCUGAUAAAGAUGAAAUUGAUAAUCGUUUCCGCUGCAUGACUGAUCAUCCUGGUUUACGCCACUUCAAGAAUGGCAUUUCUCUAGUCUCUCAAUGGACUGGUACUGAGUUCAAGGAGAUGGACAAAGUCUUCGCAGGACUACUAUCUGGUGCUGUUAAUCCUACUGCUGCAAAAGCUGCUCGGGCUGCUCUGGAUUUCAUUUAUUAUGCUCAAUUUCAAACCCACACCUCAGAUACAUCGGAUGCUUUGCAAGCUGCACUCCACGAAUUUCACGAUAAUAAAGAGAUCUUCAUCACUCUGGGGGCUAGGGGCCACUUCAAUAUUCCAAAGCUGCAUGCUAUGCAGCAUUACAUUGACUCCAUUUGCUCACGAGGGUCAGCUGAUGGCUUCAACACUGAACUUCCUGAACGACUUCACAUUGAUUAUGCUAAGGAUGCUUACCGUGCAAGUAACAAGCGUGGUUAUGUGGAGCAGAUGGCAAGGUGGCUUGAGAGACAAGAGUCUGUGGAGCGGUUCAAUUCCUACUUGGCCUGGCUCCAUGUCUCAUCUGAUUUGGAUGCUGUUGAAGGGGAUGAAGACUGGGAUUAUGAUGAUGAAGAUAGUGAUGCAGGUGACGAUGAAGAGGAAGACUCCGGUGUACAUAUUAGCAAGCAACCAGAGGUACCCUCAGAUAGGUGUCUGCUUGCACAACAUCCAGCAUUCCCAGCUUCAAAGGUUCGAGAUAUCAUUCUGAAUCACCAUGCAACAGACUUCCUUCCUGCUUUGUCCAAUUAUCUUCAAGAGACUUGCCCACCUGGCAUGGCUGGGAAGGUGAUGUUGCCUAAUGAAUAUGAUAGAUUUGAUGUAUACAAGCAGGUCAAGAUCCGCCUUCCUCAAGUCCCAAUUUUGGAACUCAAGCCACGCUUGGAUAGGAUCCGAGCCAUGCCUGCUAGUCUUUCCAAUCAGAGAAAGAGUUCUGGACCUGAUCACUUUGAUACAGUCUUGGUGAAGGUGGAGGAUAGGAAUGAUUAUAUUUCUUGUACUGGACUCAGAGGUCUCCAAGUAGCCCAAGUGCGGGUAAUAUUUGCACUUCCACCAUACCUGCGGAGUCAUCCACAACAUUCUCAGUACCUCGCCUAUAUUGAAUGGUUUACCCCAUUCCGUUUGCAAGAUCAAGACCUUCAUCUCUACUCUGUCUCCCGCAGUACAAGGAAUGGCCGACCAAACGCUCAAAUUAUUCCCCUGGAUGACAUCUUCCGGAGUUGUCAUCUAAUCCCUAAAUUUGGUACUUCAGUGAGUAAGGAGUGGUCAUAUGAGAAUGUGCUGGAGAAGUGCAAGACCUUCUACCUCAAUAGCUGGAUUGAUUUUGUCAUGUUUUACCAGAUGCGCUGUCUUGACAUAGUAUGCUAA